AUGAAGUUGUUAGUUUCGCUUGCUUUCUGCAUAGCUGCGGCAAAUGCGCAGUCAAUCAUUGAGAGUUCCAGCUUUGGAUAUGACAGGAGGUUAUCACCCAAUCCCGAUAGUAUCCCUGGCUGGCGGAUCACAGGCGAAGGUCACACUCCUCAAAUUCUAUCGGACAGGCUGAUUCUGACACCUCCGUACCCUGGAAACACAAGAGGCUCCGUGUGGGCAGAGAAUGCUGUUUCUGUGCCUGAAUGGACAGCAGAGUUCCAAUUCAGAGCCAGCGGCCCGGAAAGGGGCGGUGGUAAUUUGCAGUUGUGGUAUGUGAAAGAUGGCCAGGCCAGCGUCGGGGCCUCAAGCAUCUACACAGUUGGAAGAUUCGAUGGGUUUGCCCUUACCGUCGACUCGCAUGGAGGACGAGGUGGAACCAUUCGCGGGUUCUUGAACGACGGAAUGACGGAUUACAAGAGCCAUGCCAACGUCGACAGCCUGGCAUUUGGACAUUGCGAGUACCCGUAUCGCAAUUUGGGUCGCCCAUCUCGUAUCCUGAUCAAACAAACAAGCUCGAAUUUCGAGGUCAACGUAGACGGCAAAACGUGCUUCCAGACUAACAAGGUUGUUUUGCCGACCGGAUAUACUUUUGGCAUAUCCGCAGCUACUCCAGACACUCCAGACUCAUUUGAGAUAUUCAGGUUUGCGCUGAGGUCAGACCGUAGCCUUCCCGCGCAUCAGCAGCAGCAGCAGCAACAGCAACAGCAACAAACCAACCAGCAGCCAAUUAAUGCGCGAUCCAGCGAUUACGGAGCUGCAGAGGAUCGUCCCGCUUCGUACUACACGACUUCGGAGCAGCAGUUCGCUGACCUCCACAACCGCCUCCAGCUCCUUAACCAUGCGACGCAAAACGUCUACAAGGAUCUCGCUGCUUUGGCUCGCAAUAGCGACAGCCGCCACCAGGAGCUUCUUCAACGCACCGCUUCAACAAGGGAUCAACUGUCCGCUAUCGACUCUCGUCUUCAAAGGAUCGAACAAGCCAUACAGGCCCUGCAACGCGAUGUCGCAAGCAAAGACUACCGGAAUCAAUUCGCCCAGCUUCACAAGGCUAUCGAAACGUCUCACCUGAGUCUUACUGAAGGCCUACAGUCAUCCAUCUUCAAUAUGAUCCACGCCGCCUCUCCACGCAUGGGCCUCUUCAUCUUCCUCAUCAUCUCCUUCCAGCUCGCGUUGGCCGGACUGUACGUCGCCUACAAGCGUCGUCGUGCGAACAUGCCAAAGAAGUUCCUCUAA